GCACCCUUCCCUUCUUGCUUUUCGCGAGCUGUCUUUCUGCCUUUCUCUACAGAGUUCUUUCUUAGAGGAUACAGGUGGCUGGAGGAAGGGACAUGCAGAGAAGGGCAGAAAUCCUAAGAUGUUAAUAGCAGCUGCUUUUCAUUGUGUGUUGGUGUGCCUAGCGCUUCAUCCUCAUCACACAUUAUCUCGGUUAGUCUCACAAUAGGUGAACACAAUAUAUUCUACAGAUGAGGAAACUAAGACAAAAGAGCUUUGGUACUUUGCCCAAGUUCACACAAAUUAAGAAAAAAAAAAAAAGGAUCCCAGCCAGGAUUCUGGGAUUCAAACCCAGGCUUUCUGAUGCCAACACUAGCUCAUGCCUCUUAAUCAUCGUGGAGGCGGAAGGAAAUGAAUCAUUUGUUGAGACCCCCACCCCCACCCCACAUUAAGUGUCAGGCACUGUAAUAUGUACAGCCACACAUGUUGCUCUGUGAUAUUCCUCACAGCAGCCCAGGGAGGUGGUUUUACUUUGUUCCCAUUUUACAGAUGGGAAAAUUGAGGCCCUGGGGUAGCCUGCCCAGUGUCACACCCCCGGAGCCAUUUUUACCUCAUAGCCCAGAACUUGACUCAAAGUAGUUUAGAAAAGUGUAGGCUGACCCCAGGUUCUAGAAGGCAAGGCUGGCUUUUAUAAGCUGAAAGGGAUCGGAUGAGAGCAAAGUUCCAAACACCCCUGCCACUGCCACCAUCAGACAUGGAGCUGGAAGUGCUGUCAGCUGGAUGGCCACUCCAGGUGGUUAAAAAUGUAAAUGUAUUGGGGCGCCUGGGUGGCUCGGUCGGUUAAGUGUCCAGCUCCAGUUCAGGUCACAAUCUCACAGUUCGUGAGUUCGAACCCCGCGUUGGGUUCUGUGCUGACAGCCCAGAGCCUGGAGCCUGCUUCGGAUUCUGUGUCUCCCUCCCUCUCUGCCCCUCCCCCACUCACGCUCUUUCUCAAAAAUAAAUAAACGUUUAAAAUAUAAAAUAAAAAUGUAAAUGUAUUAGCUGGGACAGGAAGUGGGGGAUGGACAAAGCCAUUUUUAUUCAUUAACUGGGAUGCAUUUCUCAGAUUAGCUAGCCUAGCGGAUGAUGGCUCCAAGUUGGGUGACCUGAGGUAGAAGAUGGCUGGCGGCUGGAGAGGGGGCACGCUGGCACAGGACAGGGAGAGGGCACUGGACUCAGAGGGGAAGGCCUCGCAGUCAGCAGCUCUGGGUGUGCCGGGUCCCACCCCCAGGGGCGGGGCCGGGCUGAGCCCCACCAGCCCCGGCUCCAUCCCUCCAGAACCCAGGCAGGGGCAGAGCCUGGGCAGCAGAGAGCCCAGGGCCCUGCUGUCCCCGGGUUGUGGAGGCACCAUGCCCUCACCGGCCGGGACACCAGACAGCGCCAGAAGCCCUGCGGGCCUGCCUGCAGCAGCUCCCUGACACUCUGAGGAAAGCCCAGACCGGGCCAGCAACACCUGUCCCCAACAGCCAUGCAUGCUGCCGGCUGCUCCAGGCCUCCCCCGUCCCCAGGCCCAAGAUGACACCCAACAGCACCAGGGAGGUGCCCAGCCCCAUCCCCGUGGGGGCCUUGGGGCUCUCCCUGGCCCUGGCAAGCCUCAUCGUCGCUGCUAACCUGCUCCUGGCCUUGGGCAUCGCCAGGGACCGGCACCUGCGCAGCCCACCCUCUGGCUGCUUCUUCCUGAGCCUGCUGCUGGCCGGGCUGCUCACCGGGCUGGCGCUGCCCGCGCUGCCCGGCCUCUGGAGCCAGAGCCGCCGGGGCUACUGGUCGUGCCUCUUCCUCUACUUGGCGCCCAACUUCUCCUUCCUCUCCCUGCUCGCCAACCUCCUGCUGGUGCACGGCGAACGCUACAUGGCGGUGCUGCGGCCCCUGCGGCCCCGCGGGAGCACGCGGCUGGCCCUGCUCCUCACCUGGGCUGGCCCCCUGCUCUUUGCCAGCCUGCCUGCUCUGGGCUGGAACCACUGGGCCCCCGACGCCAACUGCAGCUCCCAGGCUGUCUUCCCAGCCCCCUACCUCUACCUCGAAGUCUACGGGCUCCUGCUGCCUGCCGUGGGGGCUGCCGCCCUUCUCUGCGCCCGCGUGUUGGCCACCGCCCACCGCCAGCUGCAGGACAUCCGCCGCCUGGAGCGGGCAGUGUGCCGCGGCGCGCCCUCAGCCCUGGCCCGGGCCCUUACCUGGAGGCAGGCGAGGGCACAGGCCGGGGCCACGCUGCUCUUCGGGCUGUGCUGGGGGCCCUACGUGGCCACCCUGCUCCUCUCGGUCCUGGCCUACGAGCAGCGCCCACCGCUGGGGCCCGGAACUCUGUUGUCCCUCAUCUCGCUGGGCAGCGCCAGUGCGGCGGCCGUGCCCGUGGCCAUGGGGCUGGGUGACCAGCGCUACACGGCCCCCUGGAGGGCGGCCGCCCAGAGGUGGUUUCGGGUGCUGCGGGGAAGAGCCUCCCAGGGCGGCCCCGGCCCCAGCACUGCCUACCACACCAGCAGCCAAAGCAGCGUGGACCUCGACUUGAACUAGGGGAAGGGCCUCCGCUCGCUCCUACGAGAAGCAGCCGUCCAUCUCGGCCACCGCACCUAACUCCUCUCAUCUCCUCUCUGUCCCCACGCCUCUGGAUCAGACACCUGCUCUGAUCUGACCCCACCCUGAUGGAAUAAAGCUCCUUCCACCCGGUUUAUGGUUAUCUCAUUC